UUCUAAUGGACUGCAUUUGUGCGAAAUGCUGGAUACAGACAUUUUGAACAAUACUAAACUUCUCAAAAACAAGGACAACUACCUCCACUUUACAAUCAAGACGGCAUGUUUUGCCAACCCUUGCAAGAACCAAGGUGUUUGUAUUCCAAACUACACCAUCAGCGAUUACACCUGUAACUGCCGACGAUGUUUUGGUGGGAGAAACUGCGAAAAUGAGUAUCAUUCUCUUGGGAUGGAAGACGGAAGGAUUCUUGAUUCCCAAAUCACUGCUUCUUCUCAUUAUUCCAAUCGUUUAUUACCGAAGUAUGGAAGGCUGAAUAGAGUUCUUGUUGGCGGUUCAUGGGGUGUCAAUCGAAGAGCAAAUGGUGGAUAUUUAGAGGUCGAUAUCAGAACUAACACAACUAUUUGCAAGAUCGCUACACAGGGAAGGCAUAACAGUGAACAGAGGGUUACUGCUUAUUCCAUCCAUUAUAGCAGUGAUCACAUUACCUGGACAACUUACAGUGCAAAUGAGAAUGAAGUUGAAAAGGCGGAUGCAAGAAUAGGAGGAUGUAGCNUUCUUGUUGGCGGUUCAUGGGGUGUCAAUCGAAGAGCAAAUGGUGGAUAUUUAGAGGUCGAUAUCAGAACUAACACAACUAUUUGCAAGAUCGCUACACAGGGAAGGCAUAACAGUGAACAGAGGGUUACUGCUUAUUCCAUCCAUUAUAGCAGUGAUCACAUUACCUGGACAACUUACAGUGCAAAUGAGAAUGAAGUUGAAAAGGUCUUCCAAGCAAACUAUGACAGUGAUACAGUCGUUUGCAACAUUUUACGACCUCCUUUCUUGGCGAGAUACGUUCGAGUUGUUGCGAAAGCUUGGUAUCGUUGGAUGUCCAUGAGAAUUGAGCUGUACAGUUGUGAUUAA